CUUGUUCUUUUUCCCCCAACCACCACCCUUCGAGGUUCCUUCGACGACCGCCACAGAGUUGUCGGAUCCUUCGAAGAGAGUCGUAUCAGCCUUUGUGAGUUCAUUUUCUGCUUUCAAUAACCUAUCUACGUCUACCGGUCGAUUUGAGUCGUCGGUCUUUUGCUUUUGUUUUUGUUUUUUCGUUGUUCCUACCUACGUCUUGCGAGUGUAGAGCCGCGAAUUCUGCCAUAUACUUGCAAAGAACAAGUAAUCAUGACUCGAACGAGUUCGUCGUCCUCUGAAUCCGCAACCGAGAUCGAGUCAUCUUAUCUUCCUGGAUCGGCCCAUGGCAGCCCGUAUCUCUCGCCGCUUUCACCCUCGUCGUCUAGUGCAUCACCGCUAACUUCCUAUUCAAACAAUGACAGAGAGCACAGUCAUCACCGGCUGCACACGUUGCCGCCCCUAGAAACUUCACAAAGUCGACUUUCAGUCCCCGCCAUUUUUAACCAACAGUAUUACAACAACAACACCCACCAUAGCCAAGAUGUUCCCCGACCGCACGUGAAUAGCUCGGCUAUUUCUCAUUCGUCUACGGCAACUCGUCAUGGACCUUCGUCGAACAACCCGCUUGAUAACUCAAGCUCUUCUUCCAGCAAUGUAUCUUUGACCCACCCGAACUCUGUUGCUCUUCAGCAACUUGCUAACCAUUAUGGGAUCCCUUCUGUCUUACCCAAGCCCCCUCUAUCGAAAUCAGCAACAAAAACUCAACAAUCUCAGUCAACCCGGUCGACGCCGCCGCUCCCGGACUUCCAAUAUCAGUUAUCCAACUAUUUAUCAAUGUUAGCACAAAAACCUGAAUCUGAUCCCACCAACACUACCCCUAUGUCCAACAAUAUCGCCGAGGACGCUUCAUCAAUGGAUAACGACGCGGACGACGCGAUGCAGAGCGUCGUACAAACUUUGAUGGCCUCUCCGGAGUUCAACAUACAGGCGAUUAUGGACUCUCCUGCUAUUAGUUCUCCAAAUUCUUUCCUCACCUCACCUUUCGACACCCCCAAUCAUCAAUUUGAUGCCUCACCCCUCAUAGACUUCGCGGAUACGUUCGGCGACACUUCUCCGAUGGACACUCCACUGUUCGACGAGUUCAAUACCUCCCCUAUCGACGACAGUCCCUUCCUAGAUGCUCUUAGCACACCAGUGAUGGACGCCGUCGAUGGAAUGGAGAUGUUUGCGAACGGAAGCCCCUUGUUUGAUGACGGCGGCGUUGGAAUGUAUCAAGAUCUUGAGACGAGUCUCAAGCCAUCUGCCGCCCCUGAGGUGGAAUGGGACAAGCUUCUGAAAAUGUCUCCUCAGACCCCGAGCUUGGAUCCCAGUCUCGUCUAUCCUAGCCCCAGCUUACAGUCCGAGCAAUCGUUCCCUGUUCCCUCGUCUAAGUCCGCUACUUCCGGUGCCACCGUUGCUCCAACUAAUCGACGCAAGCAACCCACCGCCACCGGCACCCGUCGCAAUAUCACCCCACAGUCCCUAGUCCCUCAUGAUGCUCCCACACAGCCAAGGCGGUACGUUACUCCUUCCGUAACUUCGAAAAAGGAGGUCCCUGCCACAUUCGCUCGUAAGAAGCGGAAAGCAGUUAGUGGUGCUGUUGCCGUCGGGGAAGAUGAGUUGGAUUGUGAUGCGGAUCUGCCCCCGCUCAAACCAGAUGCGACCGAGAUGGAGCAGAUUGAAUACAAGCGUCGCCAAAAUACGCUUGCGGCAAGGAAGUCGCGGAAGCGUAAGCUCGAAUAUCAACAAGGAAUUGAGGACGAGAACGAACAACUGAAGAACCAGGUCGAAGCCUGGAAGACUCGCUGUGAAGUUCUGAGCGGCAUGUUGAAAGGUGCUGGAAUUCAUGUCGACCUUCAAGACCUUGGUAAUACCAAGUAGGAGAGGUUCACCCCCCAUAUAUUCCCUACCCUUUGUUAUCGUGAUUUACUGAAAUGUCUCCUUCUCCAUUUUCUGUGUAUAUGCUCUGUAUACUUAUUCCCUAAGUUUCACGGUCGUUUGUUACCAUGCUCGUUUCCACUAUGUUCAUUUUCCAGACACAAAACCCCUUCCAUCUGAUUCACCUUCCACUUCCUCUUGAUCACUAUCCUUCUCUUCUGUUUCGAUUACCUACUUUCCCUCCCCGGAUCAAAAUGAAACCUACCAUAUCUCCAUAUCUUUUACCAGAUAACCAUUCCUAAAUAUCGUGUCUGUAGUACGUUGUAAUGUGAUUGACAUUUGCGAUAACUGUUGCCUUCA